GUGGUUGAUGGGAUUAUGUGGUUGACAGGGCAACAGGUGGUGGAGGAGAUACUGGACGCCCAAGGUGCAGGCUGUCCUCCUGAGUACUUCAACAUCAAGGUCGAAGAGAACCACAGAUACCACACAGAUCACCCACACCUGAAGGAACUCCCGGUGCUGAGGACGCGUUACGACCAGACCACGGGCUUCUCUCCUAAUAACCCCCGCCAACAGCUGAACGAGAUCACGCCAUACUUGGACGGCGGGUUGGUGUACGGUACUGGCAAGGGCUGGGCUGACGUGCUUCGGACUUUCGAAAAUGGCACCCUGGCCCCCCGAGGCAAACUAGCCCCCAACGAUAAGCUCGGCUCAGGAUACCCGGCACAGAACACGCAACGUCUACCCAUGGCCAACCCCCCGCCCCCAUUCAACCACUCCCAGUAUGUUGGGAGAGGCUACACCGCCGAAGUGGAUAGGUUCUUUAAGCUUGGCAACCCCCGGGGUAACGAGAACCCCUUCAUACUCACCUUCGGUAUUCUGUGGUAUCGCUGGCACAACCACAUUGCUGAGUACUUGGAUAAGAGACAUCCCAGGUGGACAGAUGAGAAGAUUUUCAACGAGGCUAGAAAAUGGGUGAUCGCCACAUACCAGGCCAUCGUGUAUUAUGACUGGCUGCCAAAGUACAUGCGCAGAGAGCUAUCUCCAUACCAGGGCUACAAACCCACGACUGAUCCACAAGUGAGUCACAUCUUCCAGUCAGCAGCCAUGAGGUUCGGACACACACUCGUCACCUCUGGCGUUCACCUGCGAGAACGCGAUAAAGACUUAUGCGGGGUGAAGUCCUUCAAUCGCUAUGGCGAAGAGGUGGGAGGCGUCAGGACCUGCAACUCUUUCUGGCUUUCUCCGGAAUUUUUCACUGGCGAUCCAGGCAACUUUGAAAAGUUUUUGAUGGGACUAAGCAGCCAAGGUUCUGAAAAGGAGGAUCAUGUAAUUGUUGAAGAUUUAAGAGGUAAUGUGUUUGGUCCCUUGGAGUUCUCCCGGCGCGACCUGAUGGCUAUCAAUAUACAACGCGGACGAGACCAUGGGCUGCCAGACUACAACACCGCCAGGAAGCAUUUUGGCCUACAACAGCUGGAGUCCCUCAAUUCAAAUGAGUUCAAGAGAAAAACAGGCACUGAUGUAGAUGAAGACGUUAUCAAACGCCUUGAGAGUGUGUUUGGUAGCCCAGGCGAGGUCGAUAUCUGGGUAGGUGGACUUCUUGAAACCAGAAACGGCCCUGGACAACUGUUCUCAAAAGUCAUCCUGGAUCAGUUCGAGCGCAUCCGAGACGCUGAUCGUUUCUGGUUUGAGAAUACCAACAACAAUCUGUUCACGGAGGAGGAGAGGAGGCGUCUUCGGCAGGUGAAUAUCAUCGACGUUGUUUUGUCUGUGACCGACCUACUGCCAGACGUGGACAUCCAGAGUGACCCUUUUACAGCCGUCCACGAAAACAAUAGUGUCAGCGAAAAGUGUAAGCAAAUUCUAAGCAACCAGAAAGAUUGUCACUUGUUCGGCGACUUCACUACCACCUGUCGUUACCUGUCGCCGGUGGAUACCGUGAAGGAUAGCUGCUCACCCCCCGGGACGUACGACUACUUCGAUGGCUCCCAGACAUCCUACAUCUUAACCUUCACAAUAGUGGCGGGCGCCUGUGUGGCCAUGUUAGCCUUUGUCGUCAUAAGAGCCAAAACUAAGUCAAAGGAGCGAGCUAAGAAGGUCUUCACCAGCAUAAAAGGCAAGGAAAAUGUCCACAAGGCUAAGGGUGAGUACAAGAAGGUGAUCAAUGUGUUAUACUGUAGAGUGUAGACAGUGAUUACUGUG